AUGUUCGGCAUCGUUGCGGAUUUACUAUCCUCCGUGCUCACCAUCCUCUUCCCCAUCUUUGCAUCCUACAAAGCGCUCCGAAGCUCCGAUCCCUCCCAAUUAGCACCAUGGCUCAUGUACUGGGUUGUCAUGUCUAUAGUCUUGCUGGUUGAAUCUUGGACCUAUUUCAUUAUAGGAUGGUUCCCCUUUUACAGCUGGAUUCGCCUCUUCGCCCUCUCCUACCUCGUCCUCCCACAGACCCAAGGCGCCAAAAUGCUCUACAGGGAAUACAUCGACCCAUUCCUCUGCCGCCACGAGCGUGAUAUCGAACACUUCAUCAGCAAAACCCACGACAGCGCCAAAUCCGCCGGCCUGGAGUACCUCUACAAAGCCAUCAAUCUCCUUCGUGAAAGGGUCCUGGGCCUUCCCCCCAUGGCAGCCACUGCUGCGCCUUCCCCGCACCCGCCACAGGCAGCCGGCGCGGCGGGAUUUGCCCAGUCGCUGCUAUCCCGCUUCACCAUCCCUGGCACAGCAGGCGCGGCGUCGUCGCUCGCCAGCCCCGCUGCAGAUCUGUACUCCCUCCUUGCCGCCGCUGUUGGGUCGGCAACCUCCUCGGGGAAAAGCAGAGACGUGCAGGCCGAGGAACUCAGCGCCAGCGGCAAGCUGAUUCCCGAUAGCAUUGCGACGGCGUCCAAGGCGGAACAGGCGGAGUAUAUUGCGUCGCAGAAGGAACGGCUCGGUGUCCUUUUAUCUGCCUUUGAUCGUGAGCAGCGGAACCUGCGUCUCGAUCCGCGGGACGCGGCGGGAGCGUUUGGUGGGGGUGGGGGCAGCAGUGACCAGGAUGAUCUGGCGUAUGGGAGUGGUGGCUAUGAUGAAUAUGGGGGAGCCGGGCUGAGGAAGAAUCGGAGUGAUGUUUCGUUUGAGAAUAUUGAGCACGAGGAUUUGUUGAGCGGGAGCAGGGAGAGUCGUCGACAUUCGCGGAGCCCGCAUCGGCGGAGGGGCGGUGAUGCGGUGGAUUUUGCGCAGCGGUCUGUAGAGGAGAUUGCGAGGGCCUCGGGCAUUUAUCGGUAG